GGAGGGAGUAUAUAUGAACUAACCCUACCUGCUACCUGCUUAGCUUAGCUUAGCUAGAGAUUGGUUUUGUCGUUUCGACACACAUGUACACAUGCAUGUAUACAACAGCCUCGGCAUAUUUCCACCCUCCCAAAUUCAUUCCUGAGCUAACGUAACCACCUGCCGUCAUGUAUCGCAAAGUCGUCGCAUUGGUUCUCGUGGCCAUCUUCCUCAUGGCCAUCUCCCUCAUGGCCGGCUUCAUGUGCUUCCCCAAUAAUCUGCUCCACGCGCACUAUCGCUCUAGUUAUGAUGAAGGCAUGGGUCGCCGCCGCAGGCGUUACCCUGGCCGGCGGCGGCAGGGCCGGGGCGUAGGCGGCCAACAGCACGCAACAGGAAGAGGAGGUGGUUCUGAGGACGAGGAUGACGGCCGGCCACCGGAGCUGUCGACGAACAUGAUGAGGUCCGAGGCGAUGCCUGUGCGGAUGGCACCGUUGAAGAGAGCCUGACAUCGAGCUAGGUGUAAAUAGCUUUCCCUCCUGUAUAUAGUUGUAUGCACGUUAUACAAUUCCUUCCUAGUGCAGUUGCACAUAUAUCGAUCUAAAUGAGAGUUUGGAUUUGUUUGUGUGGAGUUUAUAUAAAAACAGAUCUCUUUCUCGGUUAA